AUGUUCAACGUUGAAUAUGACCGAAUUGAGCAUCUGCCAGACGGCGAUCACAUCAGGAUACUAACAUUAGCUGCCAGUCCUGAUUCCUCAGAACCGAUACAUGUCAGGCUCGCUACUGUGAACCUGGCAGACGAGCCAGCCUACGAAGCGCUCUCAUACUGCUGGGGAGAUGCCUCCAACAAGCUUCUCAUUUUCUGCGACGGCAAACCUUUUCCAGUGACUGAGAACUUGGAGUCUGCGCUACGUCACAUCCGCCUGCCUGACGAGGACCGAGUUCUUUGGAUCGAUGCCAUCUGCAUCAACCAAAACGAUGUCUCCGAGCGAGCGCACCAGGUGAAUCUCAUGCGGGAGGUGUAUCGGAGGGCCAGCAGAGUACUUGUUUGGCUGGGAGACGGAACCCCCGAUAGCGACUUAGUUUUCCCUCUGUGCGAGCGAAUGGUUGAGCAUAGGAUUGACCUGCUCCGCGACGGCGGUAUCGACGUCAACUCUUCUGAAGUAUUAUGGGGCGCAAACAGGAAGAAGAUUUUGCAAGAGAAGCUUGCGCUUGCGAGAAAACGUGCAGCUGAAGCCCAAGGCGAUAACACAGACAACCAAGGUACUGAUCCGGCCGAUGAUGUGAACGACGAAGCCAAAGACAUUGAGGCCACAAGUGACGAGAGUGCGGCAUUCUUGCGUCUCCUCAGCCGUCCUUGGUUCAGUCGCUGCUGGGUUCUCCAAGAAGUUGCUCUCGCCAAGUCUGCAAUGGUAUUCUGCGGCACAAAGGCGAUUGACUGGGACGUCUUCUACGUUGGUUUUGCCUUGGCCAUCAUCCUUGGAGAGGGUGCGCUGGGAGGUCGGCCAGAGCAGAUCCACAGAGGGGGACUAAUUCUGAUGAUGUUGAUGCGAGGCAACAUUCAUCACGCCGAUGAGGCCACGGAGCCGAUCAAUCUUCUUUGGUUGCUCUGGAAAGUGUAUCCCAUGCAUGUCACCGAUCCCAGGGACAAGGUGUACUCGCUGCUGGGACUGAUCAGCAAGGACGAUGCCAUAUUGCCCGGUUUGACACCCGAUUACACCAUUUCCACUGAAGAAUGCUACAAGCGUGCUGCGCUCGUUAUCAUGUCUCGCACAAAGAACCUGGAUAUCCUGUGUACUGAGCGCCCCCUCCGAGGUACAUUGGACUCGCCGUCUUGGGUUCCAGACUGGACUUUGGAAGAUCAACCGGCUCCAGUGCAGUUGCUUCCAGAUGCAAACAUUGAUGAGGCUGGCGAACCGGAUUCCAAGCCAUUCCGUGCUUGCUCUGCAGCAGUUGAAUGGGAACCUGUCACAAAGCCAGGGAACUCGAAUAUUCUCCUACUUUCAGGCUACGUGUUUGAUCGGAUAACCGAGCUAGCGGACAUACUUACAGUCCCGGACCUGAACCACAUUGCCAUCAAUGACAUGAAAACGUCAACUGGCGCGUUCACUAGUGUAUGGAAGGCCAUUCUCACGGGCCUAGGUUCUUAUUUCGACACGCUGAUCCAGUGGGAAAAGCUCGCCUUGCCAAAAAGAAACUCUCAAACUUACCCCACAGGCGAGGACCCUGAGACCGUCUUCGCCAUCACACUGUGCUGCGGUAACAUUGAUCCGACUACCGCUCUAUCACGGUUUCAGCGAUGGCGAACGCGCUAUAAUGGCCCCAAAAGGUUGACAUUUUUUAAGAAGCUAGGCAUGAAAGGAGGGGUGUAUAACUCUCUUAUAGGGGCUACGGGGAUGAUGACCGGCUGGGGAGAGUUGCAUGACAGAGUUUACGCGACUGCGACGGAGAAGACUCUUUACAGAAGAUUGGCGAGGACUGAAAAGGGCUAUCUUGCUGUAGUGCCGAGUAGGAGUGUUCUUGGGGAUGAGAUUACUCUCUGUCAGGGUGGGAAUAUGCCGUUUGUUACGAGAUGUGUUGGUGCUGAGGGACAGAGGAUGGUUAUUGGGCCGGGUUAUGUGCAUGGUAUUAUGUAUGGAGAGGGAUGGAAUGGGAGGUUGGCUGAGGAGAUGGAGAUUGUGUAG